CUGUGUGGAAAGUUGUACCUGGAGUGAGAAGACUGCGGAAUUCGUCUGAACUCAGCGGAAGUGUUUAUUUUUUAUUAAAUACUAACCAAACAUUUUUAUAAACACUUUUUUAUAAACAGUCUGUAAAUACGGAGAUUUAUUUCACCUGAACUUCAUCAGUCCUGCUGCGGCUUCAUCUCCUCCUCCGUACAGAAUGGUCGUUAAAACGGAAAAGAAGGACAGAUGUGGGACGGUGUGUCUGAAGUACCUCCUGUUCAUGUUCAACUUCCUGUUUUGGCUGGCAGGGGGCGCUGUGAUGGCUGUAGGAUUGUGGACUCUGGUGAAGAAGAGCGACUACAUCAGCCUGCUGUCCUCCAGGAUCUACGCCGCCUCGGCCUACAUCCUGUGUUUGGCUGGGGCCAUCGUCAUGGUAACGGGGGUUCUGGGCUGCUGCGCCACCUUCAAAGAGAAAAGGCAACUGCUGAGAGUGUAUUUUGUUCUGCUGCUGUGCAUCUUUCUCCUGGAGAUCCUGGCUGGGGUUUUGGCGUACAUCUACUACCAACAGCUGAGUGACGAGCUGAAGAAUAACCUGAAGAACACGAUGGUGAAUAAAUACCAGCAGCCGGAACAGAACCACAUCACGGAGGCGGUGGAUAAAUUACAGCAAGAGUUUAAGUGCUGCGGCAGUAAUUACUCGUCUGAUUGGAACGAGAGCAUCUGGGUCCUUACGGGUCAGUCCGAUCGCCGCUUCGUACCCGACAGCUGCUGUAAGACACCCAUGGACCACUGUGGAGAACGAGAUCAUCCUUCUAACAUUUACAAAGUGGAGGGCGGCUGCAUCGCCAAGCUGGAGAACUUCAUAAUGGACCACUUAAAGCUGAUUGGUGCAGUAGGAGUGGGCGUGGCCGGUGUACAGAUCGUGGGGAUGAUUUUUACCUGCAGCCUCUACAGGAGUCUGAAAUCAGAGCCGUACUGAACCCCUGGUCUUAAAAUCAUGGUCUCGCACACUGCUACCACACGUCCUCUGGGAUUUUCUCUUUAUGAAGAGCAUCAGCAUGUGAAAAUGCUGAAAUAGUUCGACUCUAUUUGAAGACCGUGGACCGUGUUGUUCCUGAGAAACUCGCUGUGUGCCUUUUAAUAAAACCAGGAACUGAUCUUCUACUGACUGAUGUUUUGUACACUAUAAUCACACACACUGGAGAUUUCUUACUCUCAGCUUCUAAUUUAUAGCUGCUUCGUCUUUUUCUCCCUGAUUGUUUUGGACUGAGUAUUAGGGUAGUAUUAUGUUAGUCAUGUUAGUAUACUGUACUGCUGUAAUCAUGAGUGUAAUCACUGGAAAAUGUACCGUUCUGAUCAACAGGAAGUUUCAUUUUGUAUUAAAUCCUGAUCUGAGACCUGA